CACACACACACCCAAACUGUGUGUACAGGUGUGUACAACCUGCAAAAAAGAUGGCAGUUUUACUUGGUGGUAACAUGAUACCUUUACUUGGAGUCAGCGUCUUCAUCGCUAUUCUGACCUACAUCACCUACAAGCUGCUCAGCAGUUACCUGCACAAAUGGUUUGAAAUGAAGCCUAUUCCCGAGGUGGAGGGGACAUACCCCUUCAUUGGAAAUGCACUGCAGUUCAAAACCAAUGCAGGAGAUUUCUUCCGUCAAAUUGAGGAUUAUACCCGUGAGUUCUGUGAUGCGCCGCUGCUUAAACUCUGGAUUGGACCAGUGCCAUUUGUGAUUCUGUUUCAUGCUGAAACGGUUGAGACAGUUCUGUCUAACCCUGUUCAUAUGGACAAGGCUCAUGCAUACAAUUUCCUCCACCCGUGGCUUGGAACUGGUCUUCUCACCAGCACUGGGCGUAAGUGGCGUCAGCGGCGGAAGAUGUUGACUCCCACCUUCCACUUCUCCAUCCUGACAGACUUCUUGGAGGUGAUGAACGAGCAGGCGGAUAUCCUGGUGGAGAAGCUGGAGAAGCAGGCGGGGAAGGGUCCAUUCAACUGCUUCAGUCACAUCACCCUCUGUGCUCUGGACAUUAUCUGUGAAACCGCAAUGGGAAAGAAAAUUUAUGCCCAGAGCAACUCAGAUUCAGAAUAUGUUAAAAGUGUGUACAAAAUGAGCGACAUUAUCAGCCGCAGACAGAGGACACCUUGGUUUUGGCCUGACUUUGUGUACAACUUCUUUGGUGAGGGCCGGGAGCAUGACAAGACACUCAAGGUUCUGCACUCCUUCACAUACAAUGUGAUACAUGAACGAGCAGAAAACAUUUCCGAUACGGAGUCAGACAGCGACUCUGAUCAAGGCACAAAGAAAAGACGGGCGUUUUUGGACAUGCUCCUGAAGACUACGGAUGAGAAUGGCAACAGGAUGAGUCAUCAGGACAUUCAGGAGGAAGUGGACACCUUUAUGUUUAGGGGUCAUGAUACUACAGCCGCCUCUAUGAACUGGGCCAUACAUCUGCUGGGCUCCCACCCUGAGGCGCACGGCAAAGUUCAACAAGAGCUUCAGGAGGUGUUCGGUACAUCUGACCGGCCCAUUAACACUGAGGACCUGAAGAAGCUCAAAUACCUGGAGUAUGUAAUCAAAGAAGCACUGCGACUCUUUCCCUCUGUGCCUUUCUUUGCCCGCAGCAUCUGUGAAGACUGCCAUAUCAACGGUUUCAAGGUUCCCAAAGGUGCCAAUGCAACCAUCAUCACGUACGCUCUUCAUCGUGACCCACGAUACUUUCCUGAGCCUGAGGAGUUCAGGCCUGAACGUUUUCUACCAGAGAAUUCAGUAGGAAGGCCUCCAUACGCCUACCUCCCCUUCUCUGCUGGACUCCGCAACUGCAUAGGUCAGCGUUUUGCUCUGAUGGAGGAGAAGGUGAUCUUGGCGUCCAUUCUGCGGAACUUCAACGUUGAAGCUUGUCAGAAACGAGAGGAGCUGCGGCCGGUAGGAGAGCUCAUUCUGCGACCAGAGAAGGGCAUCUGGAUCACACUGGAAAAGAGGACUUGAUCAAAUUUAUGUUCCUUCAUGGUCUUUAUUUCCUGUUCAUCCUCCCAGACUCUGAUGAUGGUGAACACUGUAAUGUUUUCUAGAUAAGAGGUCAGGGAGAGCAGUAGUCUUGAUUUUUUUUUCCAAUCAGAAACACAAAACUCAAAACCACCCUACAGUUCCCGUAGAGGUGCAGUAGUUUUCCUCAUGGUGAAUAAACUUAUCUUGAUUCAUAACUUCUUUAACUUUUAGUAUUUCUGUAAGGAAUAGAAACAUUCACACAUAACUCUAAAACUGUCAAAUACAUUACACUGAGCUCUUCUGAAAAACCUUUUGGUCAAAAAAUAAAGAAAUAAAAGCCUGACCUCUUGUCGCCCGGCGACUGGAACUCUUAUGAGAGAAACUUCAGGUUUAUGAUCAUAAAGCGCAAACACUCUUAACUCACUGAAUCACACUAAGGUCAGAAGGAUCCAUUGUAACAAAGUAAUCAUAGCAUGACACAGUUACAAAUGACCCCAUCCAUAAUGUCAUGGGAUGAUUUAACUGGCAUGCCUGCAAGGGUCAUUGCCUUACACCAAAAUGACAUGACUGAUGAUGAAUGACACGCUCUUUUCCGAUGCUAUUAUAUGAAUUAUUGAGCACAUCUCCAAUCAAUGGCUGGAUAGAGCUGAGGCGCCUCAGCUCCACAUGAAGCGGGAGGAAUUCAUUUAUCUGAGAAUCUCUAAUAAAUGGCUCGGAUAAAGGAGCAUUUGGUCAGAUCUGUUGUGUGACUACAGUGGGUGGAUUACAUGAGACUCAUUUCCAGGACUUUAAGAUUUUAUCAUGAGAUAUUUUAUAAUGAUAAAGCAUUCAUUUCACUUUGCUGAAAAAAUCUCUGUAAGUUCUCUGUAAAAAAAUGUUCACAGUGAGCCAUAAUUUAAAGUGUCUAAACAUUAUUAUAAAAAAAGACAAGGAUAGAGUUGAAUAAAUCUAAUGAGAAUUUAAUGAUAAUAAUUAAUACAGUUUGUCAGUACUGAUGCCUUCUGAACUUAUUCUUGAAAAGGUUGUAGAGAUAGACUUCAUAACCACAACUGUUCAUUUUACUGAAUAUUUUUUAGAGUGUAAAAGAAAAGAAAUUAAAAUGGAAAAAAGCU